AGCAGGUUAGAAAAUGGAUGGAUGGACAUACAUUUAGGUCUAUCAUCACCACGAUACACAUACUUUCAGCACUACGCCGUCUGGAGUGGGAGCGCAAAAACAUGAUAUGUUAGUGCUUCCAUUAUUGGCAGAAGGGUUUUAUUUACACGAAAAAUUUAAAAUGAAAUAAUUAUCUUUAAAUUACCCCCGAUCGUCCGUUUAAACUGUGGGUCGUGGUCUACGCAUCACGGAAAUCGGGAUCACUCGUCAUAUAAAUACAUGAUUCGUACAGUCAAUUAAUUAUUAAACAUAGUAUGAACAAUGCAAAACGAAUGUAAUAUUUGUGUAGGCUAGCAAUGUAUUACAUUUAAUUACACCUGGACGUCAUUUUUAAGAUGGAUUUGCAAAAAUACAGCAUACAGUAGGUAAGUGAAAUGUUAUGUUCCUUCUUCGGCGUCCCAGUCAUUAGUUUUGUUAGCAUAUUCCUAAUCAGGAGGGACAUUCGACAUAGAAGGCGGAGGUGUGGAUGGAUGUCGCAGCUCCCGGACCGCGCCGCCACUUUGCGUCUACGACGGCAGCUUCUGCAGAUGCAGCCUCAUAAAAGCCUGAAGAUCGCCAUGGACAAGUUGAAAUGAAGAGGAAGCGCUCCUCACUCACAGGAAGUACGGUGUAUUUUUAAGGAGCACGGCAUUGUCAAGAAGCACGGCAUUACUGUAAUCGGAGCGGCUCUAGCGGGAGCAGUGGAAGCACACAGCAGCAAGGGCACUCUUCAUUUACAGGUUGUAGCAUAAAAUAAUUGAUAUACCGCAUUAAGAUUACUAAUCCGAUUAGUGUGAUAAUCGUGUGCUUAAAAUUUAAGAAAUACCCUUUCCAUAUCUAUUAAAUAGCAAGAUAGGUGCAUGUAUAUUAUACAAAUUAAAACCACCUCUUAUAAAUUAAAAGAAUAUUAUAUAUUAACAGAAUAUUCGCCCGUAUACUUGAUUAUAAUUGCUUUAUGUAAGGGUAUCACCUCAGUCAUGCUUACGUACAAAGAAUUAGGGCAGAUGUGUGGGAAUUACUCUGCCAGUAGGUUUGCCAGGAUGGCCAGAUUGUAGUAUUAUUAUAUCCGCGAUGUUGAUUUGAAUCUCACCGAGAUCUUUUUAUUUCUUAUUAAAUUCAAAGGUGUAAAAGAAAAACAUGUAUAAGGAGUCUGGGCAGAGUGACGUGAGUCAUCAUGUUGAGCGCUACUUAAUAAGAGCCGGCUCGGUGUGCUGGUGGGGCGUUUAAUGACGGGAGCCCACGCCUAGAGCUGCGGAGGCUUUGUAGCUGCUGAAUUACCUCUGUUUCCUCUUUUCAAAAGGGUAAGAAUUAGACAUGAAGACGUGCAAUCCGUGGAUGUUCCUCCCCAUCAUGUUCUGCGUUUUUACAACAGUAGGGCUUUGGGUUGUGUACUUUAUUGCUGUUGAGGAUGGAAAAAUAACAUCACUCAGUUCAGAAACCAAGAAAUCAGGACCCUUGUCCCCACCAUAUAUAAGCAUUGCAGGCGAUGCACCACCAGCCAGUUGCGUCUUUAGUCAAGUCAUGAACAUGGCCGCAUUUGUAGCAUUCAUCAUUGGUGUCCUCCGAUACCUGCAGCUAAAGCCCAAGGUUCAGAAGCCGUCAAUGAACAUCAUCAGCCUGGUGGCCAUGUCACUUGCCUGCUUUGGCAUGACACUAGUUGGGAACUUCCAGCUUUCCAGUGAUGAGAGGUUGCACAAUGUGGGAACCUCGAUGACCUUUGGCCUGGGGACAAUGUACUGCUGGUUCCAGUCGCUCCUGACCCUGAAGGUCAACUUCAGGAACGAGGGCCGGAGGCUCGGGAUCCCCCGGUUCCUGCUGUCUGGGGCCAUCAGCUCCUGCAUACUGUUAUAUUCUGGGCUGAUGACGCAGGGUCUGCACAUACAUGCUGCGCGAACGCAGUGGGCGCUGGUUAUGUUCUUCUUGGGCUUCCUAAGCUCCUUCGCCAUUGAAUUUCGCCACUACCGCUUCGAGAUCGUCUGCAGCCUUGAUCAGGAGCCCCCGCUAAGCCUGUCAGAGACAUUCUCAGAAGUCUCGGAGUUCCAGUCCGAUCAGCUGUAGGGCCAUCCCCUGACUGCGUCCUCGUCACACUGCCUUAUUCCCAUUGAUCUUUGUGUGUUAUUCUGGGGUUUUACAACUGCAUGCUUUUCUUGUUAAAUAUCAUCCAGUAAGAAAACAGCAAGGACAGUAACGAGGUUAAUAUUACUCUUUUAUAGCUGACGGAUAAAUAAGCAUGUUCGUUGGGGGGGAGGGGAAUCAAACCUUAAAGACCACACUGAUUUUUCGUAAAAUUCCAAGGGUUAAAACACUAGAUAAUCAAUCUCGUCUUUUAGAUAGUCUCCCAGUUAUUUCGUAGUUACUAUAUGGAGCACUUUUUUGUAGCUGUAUUUCAAGUAUGUAUGCGUUAAACCCUUUUAGUUAAUCUACUUCUGCUAUUCUAACACAAUUUUGACUAUUUCAAGAAUCCUUAAAAAGCAUCCCGACCUUCUAAAAUUAAUCAGGCUUGGUAUCACCCAAUAUAAGUAAAUAAUUUUGUCGUCUAACUAGUAAACAGAAUGGCAUUGCCACUGUUACCCAACAGUUCUUCGUAAUGCUUCUUGGAAACCGGUUUUCUUCAUAGAAUUCUUGAGAGCUUUGUGGUCUUAGAGCCACAAAUAUUUAACGCAAGUUUCAUGGAAUGUAUUUUAGGGUUUUUUUGCACUUAUUUUGAUAAUUUUGCUGCUUAUUUUUAUGGUAACCCUUGUAUCAAGGUUUAGAUAAACCUUGUUGGUUCAUUCAUUAUUUGUGCAAGUUUCUUGAAGUUUGGUGGAAAUUUUGGUAGGCAAUUUUCCUGCCUUCCAGCUUUAAUUAUGAACCUGUUUUGCAUUGUGCAAAUAUAACAUCCAAAGGAAAAAUGUUACAGUAUUUUUUCAUGCACGUUGUACUCUUUCUUUGCUAUGAAAUACAUGUACAAAUUAAACUAAGGUUUUUCACAAGUUAAAAAGGAAUCAUUAAUGUUUAUUUGACCAAAUGUGUUCAGAGUAGCCUGCAGCAUUAGUCUGAUAAGCAAAUGAAACAACUUAGUGUCAUGUUUGCACAGGCAAUUGAAUUACUAAAAUCAGGGAAGUCACAAACCAAAGGAGAAAAACAGUAAAUUGUGUAAGAAA